AGCUGAGUGCAGUAUUACAAUUGUGCCACUGAUUCCACUAGGGCAAACUGCAAGCAAGGAAGGCACAGGCCACGCUCGCUCGCCUUCUCAGAUUUUCUUGAAAGCUCUCUCGCCACUCUUCUUUAUCCUCCUGCUCCACUCCCGCUUUUGGAUCGCGGAAAGAUCCACACUUUUUAGAGCUUAAUGGCUUUGGCGUUCGAUGAAUUUGGUCGUCCGUUCAUUAUAUUGAGAGAGCAGGAGCAGAAAACCAGGUUGCGGGGUCUGGAUGCUCAAAAGGCCAAUAUUGCUGCCGGAAAAGCUGUGGCUCGCAUCCUCCGAACGUCUUUGGGACCCAAAGGCAUGGAUAAGAUGCUUCAGAGCCCUGACUGCGAUAUAACCAUAACAAAUGAUGGUGCGACAAUCUUGGACCAGAUGGAUGUCGACAAUCAAAUAGCUAAGCUCAUGGUUGAACUAUCGCGAAGUCAAGACUAUGAGAUUGGUGAUGGAACAACUGGAGUUGUUGUCAUGGCUGGUGCACUUCUAGAACAAGCUGAGAAACUAUUGGAACGUGGGAUUCAUCCCAUCCGGAUUGCAGAAGGAUAUGAAGUUGCAUCUAAGAUUGCUGUCGAGCAUUUGGAGCAUAUAGCAUAUAAAUUUGAAUUUGAUGCAACAAACAUUGAACCUUUGAUUCAGACUUGUAUGACUACUCUAUCCUCCAAAAUUGUGAAUAGAUGCAAGCGCGAUUUGGCAGAGAUUGCAGUUAAAGCAGUGCUUGCUAUUGCAGAUUUGGAAAGGAAGGAUGUUAAUUUAGAUUUAAUUAAAGUAGAGGGAAAGGUAGGGGGAAAGCUGGAGGAUACUGAACUAAUUUACGGGAUCAUUGUUGACAAAGAUAUUAGCCACCCACAGAUGCCGAAACAAAUUGAGGAUGCAAAAAUUGCCAUUUUAACUUGUCCUUUUGAGCCACCAAAACCAAAGAUUAAACAUAAGGUUGGUAUUGAUACUGUUGAAAAGUUUCAGACUUUACGUGAACAGGAGCGAAAGUACUUUGAUGAUAUGGUCCAGAAGUGCAAGGAUGUUGGGGCUACGUUAGUAAUCUGUCAAUGGGGCUUCGAUGAUGAAGCAAACCACUUAUUAAUGCAUAGGAACUUACCUGCCGUGCGGUGGGUUGGUGGAGUUGAGUUAGAGUUAAUAGCCAUAGCCACAGGUGGGAGAAUUGUCCCAAGAUUUCAGGAGUUGACUCCAGAGAAGCUAGGGAAGGCUGGUUUGGUUCGAGAAAAAGCUUUUGGUACCACUAAAGAUCGAAUGAUAUAUAUAGAGAACUGUGUAAACUCAAGGGCAGUCACCAUAUUUAUACGUGGUGGUAACAAGAUGAUGAUAGAGGAAACCAAGCGCAGCAUUCAUGAUGCUUUGUGUGUUGCUCGGAACCUUAUUCGCAACAAUUCAAUUGUGUAUGGUGGUGGUUCAGCUGAAAUAUCUUGCUCGGUUGCUGUGGAAGCAGCUGCUGACAAGUACCCGGGGGUUGAGCAGUAUGCAGCAAGAGCAUUUGCAGAUGCUUUGGAUGCAGUCCCCAUGGCUCUUGCUGAAAAUAGUGGCCUCCAACCUAUAGAAACUUUAUCUGUCGUCAAGGCUCAGCAGAUCAAGGACAACAACCCAUGUUGUGGCGUCGACUGUAAUGAUACGGGCACUAACGACAUGCAGGGGCAAAAUGUGUUUGAGACACUAAUUGGGAAACAGCAACAAUUUCUGCUUGCAACUCAAGUAGUCAAUAUGAUUUUGAAAAUUGAUGAUGUUAUCUCUCCAUCUGAAUAUUGAUUUUUGCCUGAGGGAUUCUGCUUGCCAUUCUUUUUUUGUUUGGCUUUUGAUUUGGUUGAAAAUCUUCUCUUUUGGUCUUGCAGU